CUACGCGGAUGAUCUUGUUGAAGAAUAUUGGACGAAGAAAAAGGGGGAGGAGGAAGCUGCAUCAGCGUCAAAAACUAAGGGUAGAAAGAGAGCUGCCCAACCAUCAUCACCUAUUACGAAGCAAGAUUCCAAAAGACAACGUAGUUCAAAGAAAACAAAAUCGCCAAGAUCUAAGAUGGAAGAAGAUGAAUUUGAUGAAGAUUGGGAAAAUCAGGUUAUUGCAGUUGAAACUGUCACACGUGAUGAUAAAACCGGAGAACUAUUGGAAAAAUGGUGA